CUUGUUUAGAGGAAAUAAUAAAGUGAUAAUAGAUAGAUAUUAGAUAGAGUCUCAAUUCUUCAAGGUUAAGUCCUCUUUCGCUCGUUUUCGUUUCUCUCUCGUCAAGGUUAGAGAUUGAGAUCCACGAUGCUCUUCAGAUUCUCGCUCCUCCUCCUUCUACUCCUCUCUCCGGCCUUCGCUUCCGAGUCAGAUCACAAGUACCAACCAGAUGACCCAGUUACCCUUUGGGUCAACAAAGUAGGUCCGUACAAUAAUCCUCAAGAAACAUAUAAUUAUUACAGCCUGCCAUUUUGCCGUCCACCUGGUAAUACUGCUCACAAAUGGGGCGGUCUAGGUGAGGUCCUUGGUGGCAACGAACUUAUUGAUAGCCAAAUUGAGAUAAAAUUCUUAGGGAAUGUGGAAAGGACCACUUUUUGCCGUUUGAAUCUUGAUGAGGCAAAGGUUAAACAGUUCAAGGAUGCAAUUGAAAAUAAUUACUGGUUUGAAUUCUUCAUGGAUGAUCUUCCGUUGUGGGGGUAUGUUGGGGAGUUACAUCCUGACAAGAACAGUGACAGUGGCAAGCAUGUCCUUUACACACACAAGAACAUCAUUGUUAAGUACAAUACAGAUCAGAUCAUUCAUGUGAAUCUCACUCAUGAUGACCCGAAACCUUUGGAAGCAGGAAGAUCGUUGGACAUGACAUAUUCUGUUAAAUGGAUUGCCACUAAUGUCACUUUUAGACACCGGUUUGAUGUAUAUCUGGACUAUCCAUUCUUUGAGCAUCAGAUUCAUUGGUUCUCUAUUUUUAACUCUUUUAUGAUGGUCAUAUUCCUAACUGGAUUGGUGUCUAUGAUAUUGAUGCGAACUUUGAGAAAUGACUAUGCAAAGUAUGCUCGGGAAGAUGAUGAUUUGGAAACUCUGGAAAGAGACGUCAGUGAAGAAUCUGGCUGGAAACUUGUGCAUGGUGAUGUUUUUCGGCCUCCUCGCAGUUUGGCUCUUCUUUCAGCUGUUGUUGGUACGGGUGCUCAGCUUGCGUUGUUGAUUCUUCUUGUCAUCUUGUUAGCUAUUGUUGGGAUGUUGUAUGUUGACCGAGGAGCCAUUGUCACAACAUUCAUUGUUUGUUAUGCUCUCACGUCAGUCAUUUCUGGUUAUGUAAGUGGGGGGAUGUACUCACGUAAUGGGGGUAAAAGUUGGAUUAAAUCCAUGAUCCUUACAGCAUCACUUUUCCCAUUCCUGUGCUUUGGAAUUGGAUUCAUCUUAAACACCGUGGCUAUAUUUUAUGGAUCUCUAGCAGCAAUCCCCUUUGGUACAAUGGUGGUUGUCUUUGUUAUUUGGGCUUUCAUCUCUUUCCCUCUUGCACUUCUUGGCACAGUUGUUGGAAGAAACUGGAGCGGUGCUCCAAACAAUCCAUGUCGUGUUAAGACCAUUCCUCGUCCCAUUCCUGAGAAGAAGUGGUACCUCACACCCUCUGUAGUUUCUCUGAUGGGUGGACUGCUUCCCUUUGGCAGCAUAUUCAUUGAGAUGUAUUUUGUAUUUACUUCCUUCUGGAAUUACAAGGUGUACUAUGUCUAUGGCUUCAUGCUACUGGUUUUUCUGAUUCUCAUUGUUGUUACAGUAUGUGUGACAAUUGUGGGGACAUACUUUUUGUUAAAUGCUGAGAACUACAACUGGCAAUGGACUUCUUUUCUUUCAGCUGCAUCAACAGGUGUUUAUGUAUAUUUGUACUCGAUAUACUACUACUAUGUGAAGACAAAGAUGUCAGGCUUCUUCCAAACUAGCUUCUAUUUUGGAUACACUGCGAUGUUUUGUCUUGGACUGGGAAUUCUCUGUGGAGCUGUGGGUCAUCUUGGUUCGAAUUUGUUUGUGAGGAGGAUCUACCGCAAUAUCAAGUGUGACUAAGGCUUAGACGAAGCCUCUGGUCAUUCGGGGACCAAGCAAUGUUUAUAGGGUAGUAUGACGGGGUUUUGAGGAUGGGAAUGUAUUCUUUCUCGAUAAUAGGGAAACCCUGAGAUUUUUUUCCCUGGCUGUAAUUGAAAGCUUUGAUUUAGAAUGCAGGGAUUGAUCUUUAUUAUCAUAAUUCAGAUAGUAGCUAGCAAAAUAUCAGACUCAUGUGGUUUCUUUUUUAAGUCCUUUUAUUACAAAAUAGGUGUCAGAUUGACGAACUGAUGUCUGAUUCCCAUACGCGCUUUAUCUAUUGUACGUAGAGGGGAUGAAGUCUCGGAAAUGAAUUUUGUAUCAACUCCGUUCUGAGUACUUCCUCCACAUACCUUCAUGGUUUAAUCUAAAUUUUAAAUCAUUACGAUUAUUCA